GUCUAUUUUGUCAUUCUUGUUUCCGAAACAGCUCCCAGCUCCUGAAGCACAGGACGAGCGCAGUUGCAGCCAGGCUUCGUCCUCGCAGGCAUCUGCGCUGAGACAAAACAUCCAAUCCAAAGGCGAAAAUGCAUACUAUUAUGCACACAACCGCAAGUUCGAGGUGCCGCCGGAGGCACGUGUGAUCUCUGGACCUGGGCUGGUCACAGGCGGGCCGCCAGUCAAAUUGGAGGUCGAAGCCGGUCAAUCUGAACAAAGCAGCGAACGACAAGUCCACGCGUUGCGCAAUUUCUCGUGGACCGACGAUGGCACGAAGGUGAAAGUGUACGUGCAGCUGCCACCUGAUGUGUUGCGAGAUGUGUCGCAAGUGACUUGCGAUUUCGCGCCGCGCAAACUGCUUAUUCAGGUCACGCCAACAUCUGGCGCACGAUCCUCAGAGGCUGUUUACGUAUGUAAAGUGGAGCCGCUGUACGGUGACAUCGUGCCAGAAACUUCUUCUUUCCGAGCCAACGUGGAGAAAGCGAAGGUAUCUGUUGCGAUGCAGAAGAAGAAUGGAAGUCAGACAUGGUAUGAUUUAAAGAAAACAUAG